ACUAAUAAAUUUCUUUGCAUACAUUUGUUUACUAUUUUCACCUCCUUUUCUGCUUAAUUUUGGCCCCGUUCCCACUAAAACAUCACUUUCCCACUUUUUCUAUUUUUACUAACUGCAGUGGAGCAGUAGCCGCGUGAUCUUCGCCACGUUUCAAUGGCCGAAAAUAAAUGCGCUGAGUGUGAUAAACCGGCGGAAUUAAAAUGUUCCGCUUGUAGAUUAGUUUCCUAUUGUUGCAAAGAUCACCAGAAGAAGCAUUGGAAAACGCACAAAACACUAUGUCGACCUUUCGAAAUCAUCUCAACCAAAGAAGCCGGCAAGUGUUUAGUCGCCACACGAGAUCUCAGCCCCGGUGACGUCAUUAUCUCCGAAUUGCCUUUGGUGUAUGGGCCAAGGCCCCAUAUGGUCGAAGAGGGGCCAGUACCAUGUCCAGGCUGUUGCAAAUUGAUUAUUUGCGAAAACUCGCCGAGAUGUCCUGGGUGUGACUUUCCGGUGUGUCACCCGCAUUGUCCAGGAUUGAAAGACAUGGAAAAACAUGGGCAUGAAUGCUUGAUUUUGAGUUUGAGAGAAAUCCGAGCUAUAAAUGGGCUUCACGAUUUUUACAGACAAGACACACUUCUACCACUUCGAUGUUUAUUACUUCAGAAAAAAAAUCCAAAGAAGUUUGCCCAACUGAUGGAAAUGGAAUCACAUUUUGCUAAGCGAGGACCGGAUUCUGAAAUUUAUAAACAAGUCCAAGAACGAACUUUUGACUAUUUAGAUGAUGCUUUCUUUACUCCUCUUAAGGUCCUUCAAACUAGAACCGGGAAGGAAGUGUUGCAAGAUAUGUCAAAAGACACUAUUCACAAAAUAUGUGGCAUUAUCGACGUUAAUGCUCUUGAAAUCAAUCAAGACGCAGAAAUUUCUGCUCUUUACCCUACAGCAUAUUUGAUGGAACAUGAUUGUCUUUGCAACACUGUUCAUAGUUUUGACACCGAAGAAAAUGGCUAUAAAAUUACAGUGAGAGCUGCUUUACCUAUUAAAAAAGGUGACCAUAUUAGUACCAUGUACACCCAUGCACUGUGGGGUACCCAAGCAAGACGCGAGCAUUUAAAAGAAACCAAAUACUUCUCCUGCAUGUGCAAUAGAUGCAAAGACCCGACUGAAAUGGGGAGUUACCUCAGUGCUUUAAGAUGUUUGGGCACUGGAGUUGCCACUUGUGACGGUUAUCAACUUCCAGCUGAUCCAACUGAUGAUAAGACAGAAUGGUUGUGUAAUACAUGUGAUAUCAAACUUACAAAUAACGAAGUUUCGUAUUUAAUUAAUCAAAUUGGAGAAGAAGUCGAUCAUGUCCAGUUGUCUUCACCCACGGUUAAAGAUUUGGAUAAUUUAUUAUCAAAAAUGCUAACUUUCUUGCACCCGAAUCACUACCACGUGUAUUCAGUGAAACAUUCGUUGGUGCAGUUGUAUGGGUACCAACAAGGGUACACUCCUAGUCAAAUCAGUGAUGAUACCGUCUUAAAAAAAGCUGCAAUGUGUCGGGAGUUGUUGGAAGUGACCAAAAAGAUUGAUCCAGGAAACGCCAGGUUACCCUUAUAUUCUAGUGUUGUUUACCAUGAACUGUAUCUUGCUAACAUGAUUAUGAUUAAAAGAAAGUGGGACUUAGGGAUCAAAUCAAAAGUCAAGUCUAUGUUAGCAAUGAUUAAGGAAUGUCAAGAGUGUCUUAGUCAAGCAUCAGAAGUUCUCAAAUACGAAACCACCACUCCAGCUGGUGAUAAACUCUUGAAUUUGAUUGCAUCGUCGAGGAGGGAGUUUCAGAAUUGGAUAGAACGGAAUAAAAUUGAUUUGUCCAAAGAAUGAUUUAAUAAAUUUUAAAUAAAAAAAUUAAAUUUCGAGAAAAGUUAGUUUUUUGCAUAAAAUGUUUAAGAGACAUUAAGGUUACAAAAUAACAGGAGUUCUUAAAU